AUGCAACAGAGGACCGGAAACAGACUAGACCACGCCUACACAGUUGCUUCGGAAGCCUCCAAGAAGUCUCAACUUAGACAGAAGGAAGGUUAUGACACCAAAGUCCGUGGAGCUACAAUACAGAAAGGCGACCGUGAUCUAGUCAAGAUAGUUGCAUUUGGAGAAGGAAAACAUAAGCUAGCAGACAAGUGGGAGCAUGACCCUUACACCGUACUUGUUCAGCCUAAUGCGGAUAUACCAGUGUUUACUGUACAGAAGGAAAAUGGUGAGGGAAGGAACAGAAACCUACAUAUGAAUCACUUACUACCAAUCGGAUAUCUGACAGACACUGAACCACCAGUACAGAGAGAAAAACCCGUACCAAAACCAAGAUUGAAGAAACAAACCACACCUGCCACAUCUACUAGACCGGAGAGCCAAGGGGUACAUUCGGAUGAAUCGUCUGAUGAGGAGCCACUUGAGCUUGUGAUAGUGGAGCAUGAUGCUAGCAGUGACACUACCAUCACUGAGGAACAGCACGAUGACUCUACUGUGACCGAUACAACAGAGGAUUCUGAUUCUGACGGGGACGCCCAUUCCCAGGAAGCUACAGAUACGGAAGCAGAAGGGACAGAAACAGAUGAAGAAAGUCAGCAGGAGGAUAGUCCUGAUGAAGCUUCUACAGCAUCUUCACCUGAACCAGUUAGGCGGUCUACUAGAGAGAGACAGCAACCAGCCUGGAUGAGAUCUGGAAAAUUCGAUUUAUCCAAGUCAGUUGGUACACCAGUUAGUGACAGCGAGUGGUACAAGAAGGUCCAGUUUAUUACAUAG